AGCACAGCAGGCUUUGAAUUUCUGACCCAAGCAGUGCGAUCAGAGGCGCGUACGUCUGACGGUGCCGUCAGAGUUACGCACAGAGGAAAGCGGCGCUGCCAUUGGUCAACAUUUUCGAGGUCGCUGCCCGCCGCUGUGCCCUCCCAUCCGCCUCACUUCAUCCUGCCAGCCAGAGAGCGAGUGACGCGCAUGAACCGGAGCGGUUGCCGUGUUUUUUGGGCUUCUCCUGGCGGAGGCUGGAGGACCGGACGGCGGAGCAUCGACUGAGGUGCGUCCCAGACUCCGGGUUAUUUCUCUACCCUCAUCCCUAAGAUGCUUCCCUGCCUGCGGAGAGUCCUGCGGCCUGCCUUCUCCUUGACAGCCGGGAGAGGACUGACCAGAGCCGGACACAGGAGCAGCGGACCAUCCGCUGUAGUAUCAGGCUCCCCGGGGAGGCUCGCCUCACAGCCUCCGCUCUCCGCGCUGGUGCAGCGAUGCUACUUGGGCACACAUCCCCUGAAGGAACCCGUGGAGCCCCUCAACUCACCCCGCGGAGCCAAGGACUUCAUUUACAGCCUCCAUCCGUCGGAACGCAGCUGUCUGCUGCGGGAGCUGCAUAAGUUCGAGUCCAUAGCCAUUGCUCAAGGGCAGCUGGAAAUCGCACCACCUACUCAAGCCCAGUUGAGAUAUGUUCUGCUGCAUAAUGCCAUCCCCUUUGUAGGAUUUGGAUUCUUGGACAACUGCAUCAUGAUUGUUGCUGGCACACAGAUUGAGUUAUCCAUCGGUGUGGUUCUUGGCAUUUCUACUAUGGCAGCUGCUGCUCUUGGCAACCUGGUAUCUGAUCUGGCAGGACUGGGGCUGGCAGGUUACGUGGAGGCCUUGGCAUCUCGACUCGGCAUGCAGAUUCCCGAGCUGAGUCCGAAGCAGGCGGAUAUGUGGCAGACCAGGGUCAGCUGUCACACGGGUAAAGCCAUCGGUGUGGGUAUCGGCUGCAUUCUCGGCAUGUUUCCUCUUCUUUUCUUUUCUGACGAUGAUGAGAAGAAGGAAGGACAGACAGAGACAAAGGAUGAAAUCCCACCUGCUCCGACAGGGAGCAGCAAAAACUGACCAAUUCAAGACGGAUACUCUUUGUAGUCCUGAAGAAAACCUGUCUGUUUGUGAGACUGACAGGUCUGUCCUCGCCGUCUGGAGAGUAUGAGAACAGACUGUUCUCCAGACACUUCUCAAGAACCAAACUAUCAGAGUAUUCUGAGGAGAAUUUUACAUGAUAUAUUUGACAAAAGCACAGGAGGCUGGUUAUGUGUUGUAAGAGUCCAGACUGGAAGGCUGCUAGAUCUUAACACCUACUAAUACAGACCCUCACCGCUACUUUAAGUCUGUUAAAUCACUUCAUUAUUAAGCACAGACUUUAUAUCAUGAGAUGGCAGCUCGGCUGACUGAAAGUUGGAUGACAGUUUAAAACGUUGCAGCAGAGUUUGCAGCCAGCUUAAAGACACAUAACACUACUUAAACAUAUUCCAACAUAAGCUGUGUUAUAUAUUUUUGCAUUCAAUCAUCGUCGACUCAUUUAGUUUAUUUCUGUUAGCAUUAUGCUUUUGGUACCUCUUACGUUUCCCAAUCAGCAAAUUAGUCCACAUCUCUGUUACAGUUAAACAUCUCAUAUAAUUUCACUGUUUUUUUUAUGACUUGCUAAAGCAGUAAUCCAUGCGCACUAGCUAAGUACAACCUUUGGAAAGCCUUUAAGAGGCAGUUUUAAGAGUGUGUUGAAGUAAAGAGGUGAGCUAACCGAGGUGAGCUUAUGUCUAUCUCGAAUAUGGCUCCAAAACUAUAUCAUUUAUCUCCCUCAGCUGACCAGAAACAGCCUGGAGUUUAACUGCACUAACCCGCUGUUUCCUCCCGGUACCUCCGUCAUAAUUUGAGCUCUGCUGCCCUCUGCUGGCCAACGCACGACUGAUGUUUUCUUCUCGCCUCUUCACCAGUCCGACUCAUGGUUUUCCACCUGCGCAGUUGAUCUGAUGUCGAUUAUCGUUUCCCUCAGCUUAAAGUUAACUAACCAGAUAUUCAACAGGUUGUUUUUUUUUUGCACAUGAUGUUCAUCUCUGUAAGUUGAAAUUGAAGGAAGCAAUCAAAUACAGAGCUGUAAAAAAUAUUUGUCCCCUUACAGAGUUUUUCCAGCUUUUGUUUUUUGUCGUACUUUAUUUUAAACAAGUCAAAUUCUGCCUUUACUUUUCUGAGUAAAGGCAGAAGGUUGUUUCAAAUGAUGAUUACAUUUAUUUAAUGUAAAAAUCUAUCAUAACUAAGCUUGCUUCCUGUGGGAUAAGUAAUCUCUACCUUGUCUCAUCAUAAAUUAAUUUUAACAAACUUUUUUUUUUUUUGCAAAGUUGAGGAUAAUUUACUCAGACACUGUCAGACUUCUA